AAAUCUAAAAACGGCGUCCGCGCGCUCAGUUUUCGUUGGACUGUGCUGUCGGACGGCGUCCGCGACGCAAUCAAUUUUUACGCGAUAUUUACCUAUUUUAUAAAUACCCGGCUGCUGCGAGCGCGUCUGACGUAAUUUCCUCGGAGUAUUCGCGCACAAAACGCGCGCCGCGACUUGUGUAAUUUGCAUUCGCAUUACUCGCUGCGCGGACGAAUAUUUUAGACUGGCCCAAUUUUCACUAAAUCAUCGAUUUUAUAAAGGAGGCUAAGAAAAUACCGCGAAACAAGUGAAGGAGUUGAAUCUACGAAGUAAAUAUAUAAAAACAAACAAAGAAAAUGGAGAAAAACGGAAUGGAUCCGCCGCCAGCCUACAUGCAACAACCGCCGCCAUUAAUGCCGCCGAGUUAUAGUCAAGCAAUGGCUGGUUCCAUCCCUUUAAACCCUUACACACCUGUGGAACCAUUUCAAAAUGGCCCGAGGAUAAUGACAACCGUAGUGCCGUUGGGACCUGAGCAAACGCGAAUGAUUUGCCCGCACUGCCAAACGGACAUCUAUACAACGCGCAAAGUGAAACCGAAACCAGCGGCCUAUUUAAGCUGCGCGUUGAUAUUUAUGUUUGGAUGCUUCCUUGGUUGCUGCCUAAUUCCAUUUUGCAUGAAUUCUUGCCGAUCGGUGAGUCAUUCAUGUCCGAACUGCGGCAGACAUCUUGGCAAAUACCUCGGAAACGAAUAGGAUUUCUUCAGCAUCGGUUGCCAUCUUGUUCCACAAAUCGGAAAAUGCAUUGCAAUUGUUGUUAUUUACCUUAGAAGUCUUCAGAAGCACUUAGCAAGUGUCUGCCAAUUGAAUCUACUUCCAAAAAUUUACGAAAUCGGUCUAGUCAUACCUGAAUCUGACCAGAAUGAAUUUAAUGAAAUUUAAUUCUUUUUAAUUGCGAAGAUAAGAGCGCGUCCGAACGUACACGUAUUUAAAUCCAGUGCCUUACACAACAUGAGAGUACAAAAAGCUUGUUGUCAUUGUUCGUAAAUUUUAAUGAAUCGUUAAAUUGUUAAACGACGAGGCGUACAACAUUUUAGUUAAGUCACGUUCGUGUUUCAUUCGUAGUCGAGGCUCAGCUACUAAUUUUAAUCGAGUACUACGUACGUUAAAACGCUAAUUAUCAUAUUUUGCGAGAGUGCAAGGUUGAAUUUGAUGUCAAAGUCAAUGAAGAAAAUGAUAAAAAAUCAGUUGUUGAAAUCUGGUUGUUGAUUUUAUUACUCUAUGCAUUUCUAAUUGAAAGUUGAAUUUUUGAAAUGUAAUGAUUGUAUUUUUUAUGUUACGAUGUUAUAUCUAGUUGUAUAAUUGUUUUAUUCGAUUAUGUACUCAGAAAACGCGCUAACAAGAAAGUUUUUGAGCGCUGAAUAGUUUCGUAGCGCAACUAAUAAGCUAACGUGCUAAUAAACUUGAUAUUUGUUA